UGUUGCGCAGCUCCGUAGCCAGCCUUAAAUCUGUUGUCGAUUUCCCCAUAAAUUAAAGAAUUUAAUGAUAAGCGAAAAUUUUGCUGACCAAUCGGAGUCAGACGAACAAGAUGAGCAAAGAAGACAACGUUAAAGCCGUAUCCGGCGACCACCAUUCUCCUCCUCCGCCGCCGCCGCAGCAAUAUCCACCACCUCAGUACGGAACCUUCCAAGGCGUCUCCAACUACCCUCCGGAGCCUCAGCCCGCGAUCGGCUUCCCUCAGCCGGUCCCACCUCCUGGCCUCGUCGACCCAUCCGCUCCUCAGUAUUAUCCUCAUGGCUACCAAGCGGUUUCACCGGGUUAUGCAAUUGCUGAGGGAAUGCCUGUGAGAGAGCGUCGGCUUCCCUGUUGUGGUAUUGGCUUUGGCUGGUUCUUGUUUAUCAUAGGUUUCUUCCUUGGUGCAAUCCCUUGGUAUGUUGGGGUAAUAAUUCUACUUUGUUCCAGAAUAGACCACAGAGAGAAACCUGGAUAUAUUGCUUGUACAAUUGCUGCUGUUCUUGCUACAAUUGCAAUUAUUAUUGGUGCAACCAAGGGAGCACAUGACUGGGAUGACUGGUAAUUUGCCAGAUGAUCAAGAGUUACAGUCUUGUUGCUUGGGAUAGUAUCAUGGCGGACUAAUUACUGGAAUCUGCACUUGGGCGUGUGUACUGUACUUAAAGCCAUAUUCCUUCUUCUUGAUAAUUUCCUCUAUUUGCAAUUUGUCCUGUUUGAUUUGUCACAACUCACAUGGUGGUAUGUGGUUAUUGUAAUUAUAAUUUGAAUUUUGAAGGGAGAUUGUGUGCUUGUAAUUAAUAAGAUAUGAAGAUGAUUAUGUUCUUUAUUAA